GUCUUUCCCACACCCUCGGCCGACCAGGCGCAAAUUUUUCACGGCACUCUCGCUUCCUCCGACCGAAACGGAGAUCGUCCAAACCUGUGCAGCCUUUUCUCGAUGGGGAUACCGACCGAAACGGAGAUCGUCCAAACCUGUGCAACCUUUUCUCGAUGGGGUCACGGCAUAGACGGCUUGCGGUCUCGCGGCGUCGGAGUAGAGAGAGGGAGGAGCGACAGUUCGGCGGAGGAAUCUUCCAGAUCCGUCCAUUCGGGCGUCGCACCAAUGGGAGUCUAGAGGGUAUAUACGAAGACGCGAAAGUCAUCCAUCUAUCAGGAAAGCUGAGAUAUCGGGACUCGUCUAUGAGGGAUAGAAAUUGACCCCCGCGCGGUCCACUAGAGGUUUUAGACACGAAGAAGAGACAAACCGAGAGACGAUGUCGUGGAGCCGAUCCCCUGGUCAAUGUGAGAUCUUCCCACACUUUGAAAAAAUCUUCCCACUCCAACCCCGAAAUCUUCCGCGCCUCCGUGAGAAGUCUGUGACUUCGAAAUACCUCCUUUCAACCGAUGGAAGGGCAGGAAGAAGGGUUGAUCAGAUUGCUGUGUUACAGGGAAACUCAGCAAAACUGCGGGUAAUGAAUAGGGAUGUGGAUGAUGGCUAUAUAACGCUCACGGGCAUGCAUCCGGUCCAUCAC